AUGGCCCAAGACUCUGUCACCGGACGCCCGCCGUCACCUCCUCAUUCAAGCGAUGGCCAUUACAGCCAAGGCGACGAAACCCAUCCACACGCAUCUGUCGUUGUGAAGCUGGAGCCUUUCACUCCUGUGAAGCCGGAACCUUUCACGCCGCCGUUGCCCUCAGCAUCAAUUGUAACAGACAUUAACUCUCACCAGACAUAUGCCUCUUACGAUGACCCGUCCCUUUACCACACAGCACCAACUCCGGUCUACUAUACGCCACAACAACCCAUGGCAAGAUCGGUUCCAUGUCACACUCCUCCUCAGAACAUUGGAAUUCUGACACGCAGCGGCCGGACCAUCGGGACCCCAUCGAGCACUGGAGGCACUGAAUCGUCACGUGCAUCACUGUCACCAAGUUCGCGGAAGAAUCUUAGAAAGAAAGCAUGCGGCAAAAAGGGAGGACCUGCCAUCGACCAACCACUCAGCCUCCUGACAAAGGAUUAUAAGACGCCUGUCCGAGAUAUGGGACUGUGGGUCCACCGACCAGUGGAAGAACGAUUGGCAGAGGUUGAGAGGAAGAAAGGAUAUGUAGCCAGGCCGAUGAACUCGUUCAUGCUAUAUCGAUCUGCGUAUGCAGAGCGGGUGAAGCAAUUCUGCAAAGAGAACAACCACCAGGUUGUGUCGCAGGUGACCGGCGCAAGUUGGCCGCUGGAACCAAAGGAGGUCAGAGAGAUGUACGAACGAUUCGCCAUCAUUGAACGCGACAAUCAUGCAGCAGCCCACCCCAACUACAAGUUCGCACCCAACAAGGCAGGAAAGAGAACAAGAAAUGAGGGCGAUGUCAGUGACAGCGACCCCGAUUGGGAAGGUUCCGUCAAGAGCUCCAAGCGCAGCCGCAGCGUCCGGCGUUUCGAGAGCAGAAGUGCAUCUUCAACACCCUUCGAGGAUAGGCCACCUGUUUAUCACCGCUUGAUACAGGCACAGCAUCGCUUGCCAGGAUAUGAAAUGAGCAAUCCGUACGGACCAGCUCCGAUCAUGGUCAGCUCCAAUGGCAUGGUGGGAGACUAUUACCAGGCUGCACCUGCUGUCGGCCCGUACGAGCAUGUUUCCAAUGUCACCUAUCGCAGGCUGGAGGAAGCUUUCUCUCCAUAUCAGACGACGAUGGGCCUGGUGGGGUUGCCGCAUGCUGAUCACCAUGAGCUGCUGACGACGUACCCUGCACCUCAGCCUGCUGCAGUCCCGGUUCAGCACGACAUCCUCGACCCUCGUCUGGGACAACUGGACCCCAGUUACCAGAUCGUGUAUUUUGAAGACGGUGCGGAGCCAGCACAUGAAAUCCCAAGGACAAUCGCCUAUGAAUCUGCGCCACCUCUGGAGUUGGGCUAUCAAAUUGAGGGUUACCAUCCGGGUCUAGCGACGUUGACAGAAGAACAUGAUGUAUGGGCAGAGCAAGUACAGGCAGGGUCGGACUUUGAUUCAGAGUUCCAGAAGUUGAGUUGA